AUGCACGGUCUAUGUCGUCGUCUCGUUAUCAAGAAGCCUGCACGAGAUAGAACGUGGCAAGAAGAAAGCUCACCAGUGAAUAGAACCGAGAAUCCAGAGUAUUGGUGGUUCUCAUAUCCUGUGUCCGUAGCACCCCGGCGGUCGAUGAAGCGUGAGAUAUUCGAGGCCGAAUGUAACUUGACCGAAAUAACAGAGCAGGUUCUCGAGUUCCUUAUUCCCUUGGAGCAGGGAGUUUCACCAUCUCGAAAUACCGGACGUGCUGUACAGUUGUACUCUAAAAUCAUGGAGUGGAAGUUCUCCUUGCCUGAAGAGCUAAGGGCUGAGAAUGCAGUUCUGCCUGCUGCUAUACUACUACAUACAAGCGCGGAUCUUGUAGUAAUCAGCGUUCUUCAACCCUUCGACCAUAUUCCCAAAUCGGUCUUCGGCCCCUUCAUUCCACGCCUUACCUCCUACGCCCAUGCAACAAACGCCAUGUCAACGAUCUGGCACUUCCGCGCUCUAUACACGAUCCACAACGAACACUGGCUUAUCCAAGCAUGCUCCGCCUGCGCUUUCAAAGUCCUGUUCGCCAUUGAAGAGAGCCCUGUCCAACUCGAAACAUUCGUAAAAGCGUGUCGAGCCCUCAUGGAGCUCCGAGAAGCGUUCCCUGUGGCGGAGGAAGUCAUAUACUCUAUUGAAUCGGUAGUAAAGAACAAGAAGGUAAAUCUACCUUCGUAUGCGAGGGACUAUAUGCCUAACCGUGCUGGAGAUGGUGUUGGGGACCUGAAGGGUGUCAGGGUAAGGGAUCAUAGUGUUAUUGUUGAGAAUGCUAGUUCGGAUGGGAGUGAAGAUCGGUUGACUAUGACGGGUCUUCUUUCAACAUUGACUCCUAGUGAAACGGGACUGUAUUAG